AACAAACAAACGUCAUAAACAAAAGAACAACAAUUCGCAGAAAGAUAAACAAAAACCUUGCGACAAACAACUUCACGGGACUUGUGCAAAGCGCAGUCAAAGCUCUUUAUAAAUAAUACUACAAAAAAAAAAAAAAAAAAACCAAGAAAUAAGUACAUAUAUUCUAAGCGUAACAAAACAAGCAGUGAGAUUAUAUACUAAGCACAAGCAAGCAAGCAACCAACCAACAUCAAAUACCGAGUAUAGCCAAGCGCAGAAAUUGAGGAAAGUAACAGUUACAGCUACAGCAACAGCAACAGCAACAGCGACAACAACAUUAACAGCAACGCUAACAUCAACAUUAACAGCACCACGGCCAGCAACAUUAACAGCAACGCCAACUCUACCAGCAAGAUUGAGAGCAACAGCGAAAGCAACAGCGACAGCAACAACAUCAGCGACAGCAACAUUAACACUAACAGCAACAAAAACAGCAACAUAGCCAGCAACAGUAACAGCAGCAUUAACAGCACCACGGACAGCAAUAUCAUCAGCGACAGCAAUAUUAACAGCAGCAACAUUAACAGCGACUGCAACAUUAACAGCACCGGCGACAGCAAAGAGAAAGACAGAAAGAGCGACAGCACCAGCGACAGCAAGAGCGACAGCAACAUUAACAGUAACGGCAACAGCAACAGCGACGAGAACAUGACCAACGCAAUGGAUAUUGUGAAGAACGGGAGCGCAAAUGGCUCCGUGGAUGGCAGCAAUGAUGAGUCGCGUACCAAUUUGAUAGUCAACUAUUUGCCACAAACCAUGACGCAAGAGGAGAUGCGAUCGCUCUUCUCAAGCAUUGGUGAGUUGGAGAGUUGCAAACUGGUGCGUGAUAAAGUCUCAGGUAAUUUGGUCUUGCCAGCAUCAUUGACCGCACUCAAUCCGGCUCUGCAGCAGGGUCAAAGCCUGGGCUAUGGAUUCGUUAACUAUGUGCGCGCCGAGGAUGCUGAGAAGGCUGUGAAUACCCUGAACGGCUUGCGUUUGCAGAAUAAGGUUAUUAAAGUAUCAUACGCCCGUCCAAGCUCAGAAUCUAUAAAGGGUGCUAAUUUAUAUGUAUCGGGUCUUCCGAAGAAUCUAUCACAACCAGACUUGGAGGGGAUGUUUGCGUCGUUUGGCAAAAUAAUAACAUCUCGUAUACUCUGUGAUAAUAUUUCUGGUCUAUCGAAGGGUGUCGGUUUUAUACGUUUUGAUCAACGCAACGAAGCCGAACGCGCCAUUCAGGAGCUAAACGGUAAAACCCCCAAGGGCUAUGCCGAACCGAUAACCGUCAAAUUCGCCAACAAUCCAAGCAAUAGCGCCAAGGCCCAAAUCGCCCCACCCCUAACCGCCUACCUGACGCCCCAAGCAGCAGCGGCCACCCGCCGCCUGGCCGGCGCCCUACCAUCCGCCGGACGUAUCAGAUACUCACCGCUGGCUGGUGAUCUAUUGGCCAAUUCGAUAUUGCCGGGCAAUGCAAUGACCGGAUCCGGCUGGUGUAUAUUCGUUUACAAUCUGGCGCCAGAGACUGAAGAGAAUGUGCUGUGGCAGCUAUUUGGCCCGUUUGGCGCUGUGCAAUCGGUCAAGGUAAUACGCGAUCUGCAGACCAGCAAAUGCAAGGGAUUCGGAUUCGUAACCAUGACCAACUAUGAUGAGGCUGUGGUGGCCAUACAAUCGCUGAACGGCUAUACACUGGGCAAUCGGGUGCUGCAGGUUAGCUUUAAGACAAACAAAACCAAAACAACUUAAGGGCAAUCUCUGCACAGUCAACCAAACUAUAUACCAAACUGAAUGUAUCUAUUAUUUUUGGAACGAAUCUCCCUUUCACUCUAUGCAGAAAAAUUCAAGAGAAAACACUCGUUACGAUGAACGAGAAUAAGGUAGCAGGAAAAUAUGAUAAAGAAAAGUAACUAUGGCA